AUGUCGGCUCCAGCCGCGUUUCCGGCCUCUUUCGUAAGGCCGUGGAAAGAAUUGCUUGCCUCUCACCAGGCGGAACAAGCAAAUGACUUCCCCAACCACCACGUCAGCAACUUGGACUCGCUCAUGACAACGAGCUCGCUCAAAUCGCUCCACGUCGGCACUGGCUAUUCCAUUUACACGCGCGCUCUUCUCCCAGCCAUACUAGCAGCCAAACACUCCGUACAUUUCGUCACCUGCUAUUGGGCUGCGUCUCCUACCCUGGACGCUAUCCACGACGUCCUCGUUCAGCUCGCGUCGGCCCGACGUCCGCGCGAAGAUGGCUCGCCCCCGCUUCGGAUAGCCAUUGGAUUCUCCUCCCGAGGGCUCUUUCAGAAACUCUUUCACACCUCAUCUCGUCAUGGAUACAUCUACUCGCCGUCGCAAUGGGGCAAGCUGGGCCUUCCCGAUGAUGCGAUGCUCCGAAGCCGAGGGAUCGAGUUGACGGUCAAAAGCCUCUUCUUUACGCCGCUGAGCGUCAUGCACCCAAAGUAUGUCAUUGUUGAUGGGCAAACGGCAUUUGUGCCGAGUUGCAAUGUCAGCUGGGAACGGUGGUUCGAAGGAUGCGUCGAGCUAGAGGGAGAUGCAGUCCAGACUCUACUGGCCUUCCACGAAAAAGUCUGGGGCACGGGACCAGACCCAGAAGCCACAUUGGACGGAUAUCGACAAGGCAGGCAACAAAAAAAAGAUGAUGCCACUGGCGAAGCCCUGGGUCCCGUGGCGGGCGAUACUACCAGGACAAGAACAGACGAUGUGUCGUCUGCGCAAUCCAUCCAACUCGACUAUUCAGAGGCCGUACCGACCAUCGUCCUCCCGUCUCCGCAUCACCGAAAUCCCCGGUUCAGCUUCUUCCCUUUCUUGUCCCAGUCUGACCCGCCCAUGACACCGCUCAACGCAGCCCUGCUCACAUUAUUCGCCAACGCAAGACGGAAAAUCACCAUUCUGACUCCGAACGUCACCUCCGGGGCGGCUGUCGAAGCCUUGUUGAAGGCACUGGACCGCGGAGUCGAUGUACAGAUCCGCACCAGCAAAAACAUGAUGCUGAUUGAGCAACUCGUCACGGCCGGCACGACCACCUCAAGGUGUAUUGGCAAACUCGUCAAUGAGUACAAAAAGCUGCAGUCGCGGACGCAAGCAUCUGACUUGGAGGCUCAGCCAGUGCCCCCCGGAAAGCUGGAGAUACUCUACUUUAAACCCUUGAUGGGCCGGGAGGAGAGCGAAGACGAGCCGGUCGUAAGCCACUUCAAGAUGACUUUUGUGGACGACGAAUACCUGAUGCUGGGGUCGGGAAACAUGGACAGAGCCAGCUGGUGGACCAGCCAGGAACUGGGGAUCUUAUUCUACGUUCCCGGGUUCCACGGACACGCGCUCUGGGAUAAAGUCUUGGAGAGGCGGACAGAGGUUGUCUUUCAGUCACGGGAUCACUAA